AGGUGCCUGCCCUUUUCCAAGCUGGGAAUUCAGGAGAUCAGGCAGUGGCAACUGUGCUUCAGAUGGUCAGGCCCCAGGUGAGACUAGGAUGUGGCAUUCAGAGUUGCCUGCAGAGCGGGAAGUUUCUAAAGGACUGGUGUCAUCUGAUGGGACAUCUGGAGGCCUCUGUGGAGUAGUUUCUGGGGAGCCAGAGGCAGGAGCUGCCUGUGAAGGUACUUUAGAAAAGCUGGAAGGACAACCCUCAGAGGAAGAAGGGAGCAGAAUGGAAAAUGAGCUCUUCAAAAUAACACACGAGGAAAAAGAUAAGUCCACAAAGGAUGGAUGUGAUGACUAUAAUGAACUUGGGAAACAUCUGGAUCUGUCCUCUAAUGCUGUAGAAUGUCAAGGAGUUCUAAAGGGACAGAAGUUUUAUCAGUGUGAUGAAUGUGGUAAAGCUUUCAAUUGGAGUUCACACCUCAUUGGACAUCAGAGAAUCCAUACUGGAGAGAAACCCUACGAGUGUAAUGAAUGUGGUAAGACCUUCAGGCAGACCUCUCAACUCAUAGUUCAUCUCAGAACCCACACAGGGGAAAAGCCCUAUGAGUGCAAUGAGUGUGGAAAGACUUACCGACACAGCUCCCAUCUUAUUCAACACCAGAGACUCCAUAAUGGUGAGAAACCAUAUAAGUGUAAUGAGUGUGGAAAAGCUUUCAAUGAGAGUUCCAAACUUUUUGACCACCAGAGAACCCAUACUGGGGAGAAACCUUAUGAAUGCAAUGAGUGUGGGGCUGCCUUUAGUCGAAGUAAAAAUCUCAUCCGACAUCAGGUACUUCACACUGGUAAAAAACCUUACAAGUGUAGUGAGUGUGGGAAAGCUUUCUGUUCUAAUAGAAAUCUUGUUGAUCAUCAGAGGAUCCAUACUGGGGAGAAGCCUUAUGAGUGUAAUGAAUGUGGCAAGGCUUUCAGUCGGAGUAAAUGUCUUAUUCGACAUCAGAGCCUCCACACUGGACAAAAACCAUAUAAAUGUACUGAGUGUGGGAAAGCCUUCAGUCAGAUCUCUCAACUUGUUGACCAUGAGCGAAUUCAUACUGGAGAAAAACCUUUCGAAUGUAAUGAGUGUGGUAAGGCAUUCAGUCUCAGUAAAUGUCUUACUCGACAUCAGAGACUUCACACAGGUGAAAAACCCUAUAAAUGUAACGAGUGUGGAAAAUCCUUCAAUCAGAACUCAUACCUCAUUAUACACCAGAGAAUUCACACUGGUGAGAAGCCUUAUGAAUGUAAUGAGUGUGGGAAAGUCUUCAGUCAUAAUUCUAGCCUUAUGGUUCAUCAGAGAACCCAUACAGGGGAGAAACCCUAUAAAUGUAGUGAUUGUGGGAAAGCUUUUAGUGACAGCUCACAGCUCACUGUGCACCAGAGAGUUCACACAGGAGAGAAGCCCUAUGAAUGUAUUGAGUGUGGGAAAGCCUUCAGUCAGCGUUCCACUUUUAAUCACCACCAGCGAACUCACACUGGAGAGAAGCAUUCAGCUCUGGCUCGUUCCGUUUGUUAAGAAAGAUUCCCCAAGACAGAGCAAGAUAUUUUGAGUUCAUUUUUCUUUGGAAGAAAGAUACCCUGAUCUCCUCUUGGAAUCACUAAUCAAUGAGGUCCAAUCCCUGCAUUCUUUCUGCUGGGUCAUGAAGGUGGAAGAGUCACAGGGCCAUCCUUCCCAACUAUGAGGGAAGUAAGGACUACACAUUUCUUGUACUUGUAGGUUCCCUCCCUACCUUUUUCUCUCCCUCCAUUCCUACCUUCUCUCUCUUUUUUGUUUAAAAAUGUAUCUCUGGUUUUAGUUAGGAAUCCCAUAAUCAAAUUGUGUGCUUUUCAAGGACAGUAACUAAAUGCUUCCUUUCUGUCUAGAUAAUUCAUUUGCAUAAAGUCAUUCUCCAGUACUCUCAUUCUUUCCUAUCUUGGGUGUGGCCUUUUAAAAAAUUCUAUUACAGUCUAGAUCCUCAUCACUUGUAUUUCCUAUCUAGAAAACCUUUUCUUCUUCCUGUGUGCUAAUCUUUAUCUCUCAGACCCUUUAAGAUCCAGCUCAUCUCAGAAAGACUUUCUUCUUAAGAUGCUUUUUCCUUCCUCCUAAAAGUCUUUUGAUUUGACUUCAGUGUUUCAAAUUAGUCUGUGCUACAAUUUGCAAUUGUUAUUAAAUUGCAUUCAGAAUAAUUGUCAAGGCAUAGGUAUGUACUUUCAUACCAACUUAAUGUAGGCUCUUUGAGGUUAGGGAUUUAUUUUAUCAUAUAGAUAAUUUUCAUAUGCUAGUUUAAUAAUUUUUUAAAACUCACCUUUCCAAUUCAACCAUUCUUAAACUGGCAUGUACUUCCCUUCUACCACUGGACCUAAGACUUUUAAAGAUGGAUAUCAUAGGAUACCACAGACAAAGGUGUCAUUCAUAUCUUCUGCAUAUACCUCUGGGAGUUUUAGUGCUGUUACCUCAGCCUCAAAGAACUAACAAUUUAUGCUUGAGCAUGCCUCUAUGCAUGCAUAUCUGUGUGUGUUUGUCUAGGUUUUGGAGUCAGCAGUUAUCCCACUGACAUGUACUUUUCCCUGCUUUCUGUGAUUUGUACUCAGAGUGACUCUGAUUUCCUUACUGUGUAGUUCAGUCUGCCUGUAACUGCCAUCUAAUGUCAAGGUGAGAGGAGUACAUUUAAUUACUGUAAUAAUUUUCUGGGCCAUCAGGAGGUCUUUUCAGAGUCCUAUAGUCAUAUGAGACAUUAGCUUGAACAUCUAUUCCUUCCACCAAUGCAGGAGUGCCCCAGUGCUGGGGAGCUUUGCCUCUGGUGUCUUCCCCGUCUCUUUUAGCAGGACAGUAGGAUUGACAGUGUGGCAGAGGAGGAGGUUAGAUGGGCAAUGUCAGAUUAUGUAACCUGGAGAGGAGAGAUUAUUGUGAGCUCUGAUUUAUAUCUGAGAUAAUGGGGAAGAAAAGGAAGAGAAUUGAGGCUAAAGAAAAUAAGAAUUAGAUGUGAUUUGGGGGGAGGCAUCUCAGAAAAGAUUAGGAAGAAUGUUAUUGGGGAGAUCUGUAAAAACUACUGAAUGAAGUAUAUAGCUAGAAAUUAGCCAUUUUGAAAUAAGUGUUUUAAAUUAAAUUUCUGUUUUCAGAUGUAUUUUUGCUGUUUGUUUCCAUUUUCCUUUACAAGAUCUGCAGAUAGGACUUUCUUUAAAGUGUUUUAUCUUGGGAGCAUCCAGAUUCUGAGAAGGAGCCCUUAUUAGCAUAUCCCCAUUCCUCCACUGUGACUUGCACAUUACUAGUCAUGUCUUCAGUAGAACCCUCUGCCUAUUGUAUGGUAACUUUACCUUCUGUUUGUUGUUUGCUCAUCCUCUUACCACUCUUGAGUCUGGAUGGGGAGAGCCAGCACUAUUCAUAAGCAUAUUACCCCCCACCACCAGUCUGGUGUACAUGUUCAGCAGGAAUGAAUGUCCUUACUUCCUUGAAAAGUACUCCGGCUCUUGCAUGGAGGAAAAUGGGCUAUAUAUGAAAGCCACCUCAAUUUCUGUUGGUUAUUGCUAGUAUUUUUUAAAAGUAUUGAAUUUUUUAAAUUUUAUCUGGAUCCAGUUGCCAUGCUAAAUUAUUUUUAGUUGUAAUAGUUUUUUAGUUUCAUUUCCUAGCUUUUCUAAGUAUACAAUAAAUAAGGGCUAAUAUUCUUUUCAUUUCCA